AUGUGGAACCCAACGGUCGUUCAGUUUCUGGUGAGUGUCGCAAUAUUUUUUGGCCCACUCUCAGGUUACAGAGUUGAACUAGAGUUACAAAUUUUCGAACAGCAUUAUGGUCAUGAAGUAGUUAACAGUAGUGGUCUGCGAGUGAGAAAGUUUAACCGUACCACACCAGUUCUGAACGGCACAUUCACAAUAUUAAAAAACUUGACAAACAAUUAUAAGUGCAGCAUCAGCAUUGCUUACAGCCGGCUUGGUAAUAAUCAGUUCAACGAUUACCCGAUAACCUGGAACGAACAACCCUUCUGCGAUAUGAUGAAGGGCUCGUACCGUGAUUACCAGUAUCUUUUUUUGAACCAUUCCAAUUUGCCUCAGGUACCGGAAACCGGAUUGUGUCCCUUUCCGGCAGGCACAUAUUGGUUCAAGAAUGCCGUUUUUACUUCGAACUUUGUGCCGAAGUUCCUCCCGUAAGGCUACUGGAGGAUGACAAACGUGUUCAGUGGCGCAGGAAAUGCAAGCGCUAGUAUUUACGCUCGUAUCAGACAUUCACUAAUUUGAGCAGAAAUCAAUGCGAGGAAUAGCCCAAUCUGAGUUUAGGUUAUU